UGGAGUUGGGGACUGGUAUUUCUGACGUGGCAAGUUAUUCCCAUCCCUGAAUUUUUGCAUUAAUGACGUGGCGCAACGCCACUGGUCCUUCCUAUGUGGCGCUCUACGGUCAGGUCAGCGACUCUGCUAAGUGCUAACGUACGCAGCAGCACCACACGGCCACUCCAUCUGAUCUAGCACUACACUCCUCUCUGCAUCUCUCCGUUUGUUUCCCGAGAAAAUACCAAAAGAAAAGAAGCGCAGGCAUGGCGAUGAGAGCGACGGUGUCGCGGUUCCCGAUAGAUCCGGGCGCGCAGGAAGGGUCGGGUCUUCCGUGGGGCGUGACGGUGACGCCAUUCGCAGAGAAGGACGAGGUCGGUCAGGGUCCCGAGUACGGAUCGGAGGGAGACCUGUUGCCGAGGUGCGAGAAUUGCUGGGGCUACUUCAACACCUACUGCGAGCUCGAGCAAUGGUCGUGGAAUUGCUCCCUCUGUGGAACCCUCAAUGGCCUCUCUUCCAAGGCCAUCGCUCGCUACUCUCGCCCCGAUUCUUGCCCCGAGAUGAUGUCCUCCUUCGUCGAUCUCGAGCUCCCUGAGGAAGAAAAUGAGGAAGAAGCAACGCAAGCUCGUCCUGUCUAUGUUGCAGCGGUGGAUUUGUCAUCUUCGGAAGAGUUCUUGGAACUUACUAAAAGUGCACUGCUGGCAGCCUUGGAAGCUCUUGGACCUGGUUCAUUAUUUGGGCUUGCUACUUUCAGCCACAAACUAGGGUUGUAUGAUGUUCAAGGGCCUAUACCAGUUGUAAAGAAUGUUAUAAUUCCACCCGAUGUGGAGGGAACCCUGCCAAUUGAGCUUGAAGAUGUCAUGCCUUUGCUACAAUUCCUGGCUCCGGUUGAAACUUGUAAGGACCGUAUUGCAUCUGCUCUUGAAACGCUUAGACCUACAACUUCAUGGGAGAGGACCACGGCAGCAGGUCAAGGGAUGGAUGGUAUUUUGAUGGGUGGGCGAGGUUUUGGGGUGGCAAUGGAAGCCCUUUUCAAUUAUCUUGGAUCAGAAUAUGGAAGCACUUUUGCGUUAGCUAGAGUCUUUGCCUUUCUAUCUGGCCCUCCGGAUUAUGGAGCUGGGCAGCUGGAUACAAGACGGUACGGUGAGCAAUAUGCUAGUAAAGGAGAGGAUGCAGACCGUGCUUUACUUCCUGAGCAGACACCUUUCUACAAAGAUCUGGCAGCUGUUGCUGUUCAAGCAGGUGUUUGUGUGGACAUAUUUGCUGUCACAAAUGAGUAUACAGAUUUGGCAUCCUUGAAGUUUCUUAGCAUUGAUAGUGGUGGCUCAAUAUUUUUUUAUUCAAAUACUGAUGAUUCCACUCUUCCUCAAGACAUGUAUCGAAUGCUAAGUCGACCAUAUGCAUUUGGCUGUAUACUACGGUUGAGGACAUCUUCUGAAUUCAAACCUGGCAACUCUUAUGGCCAUUUCUUCCCAGAUCCACAGUAUGAAAAUGUUCAGCACAUUAUUUGUUGUGAUUCUUAUGCCACGUAUGCUUAUGACUUUGAGUUUGCGAAUAAUGUUGGAUUUUCAAGGCAUGGAUCAGAAUUGCCCACGCUACAAAUUGCAUUUCAAUACACAGUUGUUGUGCCCCCUGCAGAACUUUCAAAUUCAGAAUUGGGUUCUGCAACUAGAGCCAAGCAUUCCCUUAAACGGCGACUAAGGAUUCGAACUUUGCAAUUUGGAGCUGCCCAAAAUACUAACGAACUUUAUGACAGUGUUGACCCUGAAGUAGUUCUAUCAUUACUUGUUCACAAGGUUAUAUUGGCCUCUUUGGAGCAAGGGGUUCGCGAGGGCAGGAUGUUGCUUAAUGAUUGGCUAGUAAUCCUCACAGCUCAGUAUAAUGAUGCUUACAAACUUGUUGAGUACAAGAAUGGAAGUUCAGUAAUUGGUCAGGUUGAUGUUGCAUUCUCACAAUGCCCACAACUGCAGCCCUUACCUCGCUUAGUUUUUGCUUUGCUUCGAAAUCCUCUUCUCCGCUUCCAUGAAGAAGGGGUUCACCCUGAUUACAGGAUCUACUUGCAAUGCCUUUUCAGUGCAUUGGAACCGAGUUCCCUUCACCGUGCCGUGUAUCCAGUGCUGAUGUCAUAUUCUACUCCAGAUAAACAAGCAUAUCCACGCCACUCAUUGAGUCGUGCUGCACUGAUUACCAGUGGUAGCCCGAUAUUUUUCCUUGAUGCAUUUACAACUCUUAUUGUGUUUUAUUCUUCAACAGCGGACCCUGCACUACCUUUCCCUCCACCUCAUGACUGUUUGUUGCGGACUAGCAUUAACAAGUUAAAGCAAGACAGAUGUAUCACCCCCAAACUCAUAUUUAUCAGGGGAGGGCAUGAUGAUGCUACAGUUUUUGAGAACUAUCUUAUUGAGGAACAGGAUGUUGAUGGAAGUGGCCUCACAAGUGUCAUGGGUUUUGUCUCCUUCCUAGAAGAUAUUUCACGGGGUGUCUUGGAAUACUUGAAGUAGAAGACAAGUUCAGAGUCCCAAUCACAAAUUACAAAUGCCGGAAAAGGUACAACUUAUACAGUCAUCAUGGGUGCUAUGAUCGGAGAAGGAACUAUUAAUUUUGAGUUGGACCACUGCUAGUUCAAACUGUCUUUGGGGUUAUUAAGAUUUUAUGCUAAUCCUGGAGUCCAGUGGUGGUGGUUUUCGUGCACUCUUUUUACCUGUUAGAAGCUCUCCAAUGCAAAUUUAUAGCAGAUCAGAGCUGUACAUACCGGUAUUUUUUUUGUAAAACAAAAUCGAAGCACUGAGAGUUGUCAGUGUUUUUGAUCAAAACAAGAAUAUAGUUUAAUCAAACUGUGCUGAGACGAGUUUAAUCCAGCAUUAAUAAUCCAA